AUGGCUUGCCCCAGCUGCAGAUCCGGCCUCGGCCGCGCCGCAUCGACGACCUUGCGCCAGGGUCUCUUUGUCGAAACCACCAUCGCCGGCACCACUCCCCUCGCCUUGCGCGCCGCCCUAUCUUCCUCCCAGUCCAGCAUCACCACCGCCAGCAGCAGCAGCAGCAGGAGAAGCACGAACCUCCUCUCACAACAAUCCCGACGGAUACACACAACGCGCCAAUGCCGGGCUGAAGGCGGCGAGAGCAGCGGCGGCGGCGGCUUGGCCGGUGGCUUCCGCAAGCUUCUCGCAUCCGUUGCUGGCAACCAGAGCGCAUCCUACAUCGCCUAUGGCGCUACCCAGCGCAUCUACAAGGACUGCGCCAAGCAGGCCGACUACACCAUCAGCCCCGAGGACAGGAAAGCCGGAAAGGUCAAGGAAACGGCGGAUGGCGAAGAGAUUGGUGUUGGUAACGGAAGCAUUUGGCACGAGGAAUUCGGCCUCCUCCCGACCUUCUCGACCUGGGCCCACGUAACCAUGCUCCACCUCUACCUCGUUGUCGUCCGCCUGCGCUGCCUCGACAAGGACGCCCACGCCACCUGGCAGGCCCAGCUAGUCGACCACUUCUUCCACCAGGCCGAGGAGAAGAUGGACCGCACCCACGACAUGUCGUCGCGCGUCAUGCGCCAGCGCUACCUCCAGGACCUUUUCGUGCAGUGGCGCGGCGUCGUCAUGGCCUACGACGAAGGUCUCGUCAAGGGUGACGCCGUCCUCGCUGCCGCCGUGUGGCGCAACCUGUUCAAGGCCCGCGAGGAUAUCGAUGCCAGAACGCUGGCUGCUAUUGUUAGUUGGGUGCGCAGCCAGUUGAAAUACCUCGAUUCCAUGGACGAUGCGGGUCUGGCGCUUCACCCUACCUUGUUCAAGAAUAAGGCGGAUACUGAGUUGGCGGUGGUGGACGAGCUGGUCCCGGCGUUGGAGGGGCAGACGAGUAAGGGUGCGGCGGCCGGACAGGCUGAGGUGAAGGCGGCGCCGGUAACAGGUCAGAAGGGCGAUUCCAAGGGUGCCCAGAAGCCGAAGGCGGCCCCCAAGUUCAAGACCGCUGCCUAA